AGUCAGAUCUCGGUGCUGCAGAACCGCAUUGAGCAGCUGGAGCAGCUGCUGGAGGAGAACCACGAGAUCAUCAGCCACAUCAAGGACUCAGUGCUGGAGCUGACGGCCCACGCGGAGGAGCAGCCAGCGCUGCCCCACCACACGCCCAAUGGCUCCUGGGUGUUGCCCCCUGAGAGUCGCCCAAGCUUCCUCUCCGUCUCCCCACAGGACUGCCAGUUUGCCCUGGGGGGCAAGGGCCAGAGCCCAGACCUGCAGAUGCUGGCCGUGUAUUCCCUGCUGCCCUUUGACAACCAGGAUGGUGGUGUGUGGAAGCAGGGCUUCGAUAUCACCUAUGAGCCCAAUGAGUGGGACGCUGAGCCUCUGCAGGUGUUUGUGGUGCCGCACUCCCACAAUGACCCGGGCUGGAUCAAGACCUUCGACAAGUACUACUAUGACCAGACACAGCACAUCCUCAACAGCAUGGUGCUAAAGAUGCAGGAGGACCCACGCCGGCGAUUCAUCUGGUCCGAGAUCUCCUUCUUUUCCAAGUGGUGGGACAACAUCAGUGCCCAGAAGCGGGCUGCAGUGCGGAGCUACUUCGCUAUGAUCGACCGGCUGAUCGAGGGCCACCAGUGGCUGGAGAAGAACAUUGGCGUGACACCCCGGUCAGGCUGGGCUGUCGACCCCUUUGGGCACAGCUCCACCAUGCCCUACCUGCUGAAGCGCUCCAACCUGACGGGCAUGCUCAUCCAGCGCGUGCACUACGCCAUCAAGAAGCACUUUGCUGCCACCCAGAACCUGGAGUUCAUGUGGAGACAGACCGCAGACCCGGACGCCAGCACCGACAUCUUCUGCCACAUGAUGCCCUUCUACAGCUACGACGUGCCCCACACCUGUGGGCCAGACCCAAAGAUCUGCUGC